AUGGAGGAUUUCAAGGAAGAUCGUUGGUGUUUGUUGCCAUUUUGGAUUCUUUGGAUAUUGUGGAAAUCAAGGAAUGAGUUCAUGUUUUCUGAAAGAAACACUCAACCAAUAGAGGAAGCGAGGAGAGCAAUUGAAGCUAGUGAUGAAUGGUUUACUAACUACAGAGAAAAUAAUUUCAAUAUUUCCAGAAGCAUUAGAAGUUCUGCUUGGGAACCGCCGUUUCAAGGUUGGGUGAAACGUAAUUUCGAUAGUAGCUUCCACAUGGACAGAGAGGAUUCGGGAAUUGGAUGGAUAGUUAGAGAUCAUGAAGGCAAUUACAUACUGUCAGGAUCGGCUAAGGAUGGCGUAAUGUCUGGUUUGAAGGUGAUAAACAUGGAACUCACACGUAUCAUUAAUGCUCAAGAUCAAAGUAUCGAGUUGGGGAAUUUACUGUUUGAUAUCAGACAUCGGAUGCAGAAGCUACCGGAAUGUUCUUUGGGACAAGUCAAUAGGGAGAAGACUUUAGAAUAA